AUGGUAGGUGAUUUUCGGUAUUGGUGGAGAGAAAUCGAGCAUCGUAAUCAGGAGUGCGCGGAUUAUCUUAUGGAAAUUGGUUUGCCACAUUGGACACUUUCCCACUUCCCUGGAUCGCGGUACAAUAUAAUGAGUAGCAACAUCUCAGAGUCACUAAACGCAGCUAUGAAAAAGGCAGUCGACUAUCCGAUAGUGUCAAUGGUUGAAUUCUUAAGGGCCAUGUUAAUGAGGUGGUUCUGGUGUAGGAGGACAUUAGCAGGUAAAACAAAGAGUAAGUGUACUCCAGAAAUUGAAGAUUUGUUAAUAGACCAUCUAAAAGAGUCAAAAGACUGUGGUGUAUAUUCUGUUAGUAACUGGAUAUACCAAGUCAAUGAUGGCAAUGGCUGUGUUUUCACUGUUAAUUUGGAGAAGAAAACAUGUAUGUGUAGGGUUUUUGAUGUCCUAAAAAUUCCCUGUUGUCAUGCUUUGUCUGCUAGUCGGUAUGAAGGCCUCGUUAUGCCAGUCCCAAAUGAGAAAGAUUCAGACAUUCCGGAAGAGUUUGGUGGUGUUGAUGUAAAUCCACCAAGGACCGUUCGUGGUGGUGGGAGGCCAAAGAAAAAACGAAUUCCAUCGAAAGGAGAAGUCCACCACAAAAAGAAAAGAGUCACGAAGUGUGGAAGAUGUUUCGGCAGUGGUCACAACAGGAAGACAUGCUCCAUGCUGAUCUGA